AAUGACUCGUAAUACAAUGGUAAAUGUUAAAGAAUCUCAUGUUAUCAUAUUAUUUAUCAGUUUUCUUGUGCUUUUGAUGUCAUUUCAAUGUGCAAAAAAUGAACACACUGAUGUGAGUCCUUUAGCAGAUUAUUCAAUAAAGGACUGUGGGAAAGCAGGUUGUGUUUACGAUGACGUCGAUAAUCAAUAUUGUUGGUGCGGUAUUACCAAGACUCCUGAAUGCUGUUACGUACAUCAAAAAGACUGUGACUGGGCUCUUAAACAUCGACAACUUCGUCCCAAAUAUGGAAUUGGGGUACGCUUGUACGGUGACAGAACUGGUGUAUGCCUUGCGGUUAGAAUGUCGGCUGGAUAUUAUAAUGGUAAUGGUCGUGUCGGUUUUAUCGAUGGAGCGGUGGACGUUGUUGCUUUGAUUCAGUUCGGUUAAUCAAUGGAAUUGGUGUGCAGUGACGGAUUUCGUAUACGCAGUGCGGUUAGAAUGUCAGUUGGAUUUUAUAAAUGUAAUGGUCGCGCCUCAGGGCCGUCUCCGAGAAUCCUUAAGAAUUCCUGAGCCUUGUGCGAGUAAAAAAAAUUGGCCCUAAAUAUAGUGUGUGUAUAUAUAUUGAUAAUCAGUAAUAGACAAUAGUUGUA